AUGGCUACCACCAAGCUUUCGAAUUUUCAAAGCGUAUUCAAAGCCUUUCUCGAUUAUGCCAUCAAGAAUAUACCAAAUCAAACAGGAGUGAGCGUGACUGCUGCUGCUCCCGGGAGUGUUGGCCAAAGACCGUUCACGAAUAAGGCUGGUGUGUUAAAGCUUAUUUUCGUAUCCGCCAGCUCUCUUUACAUCGGAGGGUUGAUUGCACAUAAAGGAGCGUCGUAUUUGGAAGAAAAUGAGAUUUUCGUUCCAACCGAUGAGGAUGACGAUGACUAA